AUGCCUCAGGCGAACGCAGACGUGGAUUUCUGGAAGAUAACAAAUAGAAAUACGCGAUAAUUUUGGUGUGAUAGUAGGCAGAGUACGAAAAGAUAUCCAGGAUGAUAAAGACUCCGGUGUCAAUUCUACAGGAGAUGAUGGUGAAGAAGGGAUCAGUACCUAAUUACGAGCUUAUUCAUGACGGUGGAGGCUCCCACGAGAACACAUUCACUUACAGAGUCACUUGUGAGGGACUGUUGGCCACGGGAACGGGGAGAUGUAAAAAGGAUGCUAAGCAUGCAGCUGCUAGUAAUAUGUUGGAAGCUAUUGUUAAACAUAAUGGACUACUGCCUCUGCCAGCGAGUCCUGCCAAAUCCCCUGUCAGAGCCCCACCACCACAGCCCAAACCUGAGCCCUACCUUCAGGAUCUCAAUGGGCCAUUUGUCAAUGCCAUCGGAGCAUUGCAGGACUUGUGUGCAGACAAUGACCUCCAAGGACCAGUUUAUAAUACGACAAGUGACGUCGGUCCACCCCACGCCCGAGUAUUUACAAUUGAAUGUGCAGUGGCGAGUUUUAAGGAAGAAGGAGUAUCAACAACGAAAAAACAGGCGAAACAUCUGGCGGCGAAGAAGAUGUUGCAGCGUAUCUCCGACGUGUUGGACGACGCCAGCAAGUCGAGUAUUUCCUUCUUGAAGAUGGUUAAACCAUCAGAGCUUGAGGCCAACGAGCGUGCCAAAAAAAUCUUCCUCGAGCAGAAAGCUCUCCUCCCGAAGAAGGUUAAUCUGGGGGUGAAACUGGCAGAUUAUCCCAACAGAUUACGAUCGAUUUAUGCCGAGGAUGUGAGAAAAAAUACUUGUGAGAAAUUAAACGAGUUGGCGAGUUCAUUUUCGGAUUUGUUGAGGGAUUGUGGCGAUGUGGAGGAUACUCCGAGGUGUGCGGCCUUGAAGGAGUCAUUCGAGGAGUUAUUGAAGCCCUUGAACAUUGAUGUGUGUGAAGGGGUUAUCAACAAUCGCUUCCAAGUGGUGUCAUUGGAUACGACUCCUGAAAUCGUUGAGAGCUACUGGGGAGACGAACCUAUGUGGAAAGUCCAGAUGAACGUUUACUUGAGGAUAAUCAAACACCUGAAGAUGCUACUCUCGUAAUUGUCUGCACUGUGAUAGAGUCACCAUUAUUUUCUGUUUUUACAUAGAAUAUAACAUAUAUAUGCUGCAUAUACGAGUCUUCAUGACCAUUUACUAAUGACGAUCUAUUAUGAGAACCUCGGCUUACCCAUGAAGUUGAAGCUUCGAGUCAAUACCACGUACUAUAACAUGAGCUCAUAAGUUUCAUUUCACGUGUUAUCCUGAUAAGUUUA